UUGGUUCUAGGCAACUGAAGAAACAGCACAGAAUGGAGCACUGGAACUCCACCCUGGGAGGUGGCUUCAUAUUGAUGGGGAUUCUGAAGGACAGCGGGUCCCCUGAGCUGCUCUGGGCCACACUCGCAGUUCUCUACAUGUUGGCUCUGACAAACAAUGGCCUGCUGCUCCUGCUCAUCACAGUGGAUGCCCGGCUCCAUGUGCCCAUGUACCUCCUGCUUGGGCAGCUCUCACUCAUGGACCUGCUCUUCACAUCUGUUGUCACUCCCAAGGCCCUUGUGGAUUUUUUUCACAGGGAAAACAGCAUCUCCUUUGGGGGCUGUGCCCUUCAGAUGUUUCUGGCACUGACGCUGGGUGGUGCAGAGGACCUCCUACUGGCCUUCAUGGCCUAUGACAGGUAUGUGGCCAUUUGUCAUCCUCUGAACUACAUGGUUCUCAUGAGUACGAGGGUCUGCUGGCUCAUGGUGGCCACAUCCUGGAUCCUGGCAACCCUGAGUGCUCUAGGACAUACCUUGUAUACCAUGCACUUCCCCUUCUGCAUGUCCCGGAAAAUAAGUCACCUGCUUUGUGAGAUCCCACCUCUUCUGAAGUUGGUCUGUACAGAGGCCUCCAGAUAUGAGCUUGUUGUGUAUGUGACAGGUGUGACUUUCCUCUUGCUCCCUCUUUCUGUCAUUGUUACCUCCUAUGCACUAAUCCUAUUUACUGUGCUCCACAUGCCUUCAAAUGAGGGGAGGCAGAAAGCCCUAGUCACCUGUUCUUCCCACCUGACUGUGGUUGGGAUGUUCUAUGGAGCUGCCACAUUCAUGUACGUCUUGCCUAGUUCCUUCCACAGUCCCAAACAGGACAACAUCAUCUCUGUUUUCUACACGAUUGUAACUCCAGCCCUAAACCCCCUCAUCUACAGCCUGAGAAAUAAGGAGGUCAUAGAGGCCUUGAAAAGAGUCCUAGGAAAAUACAGGCUGCAGACACACCCCAACUUCUAGGGAGGGAUCAUGGCUUGUCUCUUACCAUUCCUUCUCCAACUCAAAAUGCUAUACACAACCAGUCUUAUAUUUAGCUCUGUAUGAGAUAAUAUAAACACAUGAAAAUGUUUUCAUUUCAAUUCUGCUAUAUAUAUAGCAGGUGAGCAUAGGGACCUUAAGCUACAUUCACAUGGGAUAUAUCAUCUUCACCUUGGAAGCCACAUUGUAAAAAGAACAGAAGAAGAAAAGCAUGAAAUGGAUGUCCUCUGUGGUAGGACUUCAUCCUGACAUGAUUUUCACAUAGACAUGGUAGGGGACUAAGUUUUAAAUUCAGUAUCACAUAGCAGUGACAAACAGUGAUAGUUAUAGGCUGACCAAGCCCCAAUAAUCUGUUAACAUCAUAGGAGAAAUGCUUUCCUUUGAAUUCUAGGACAAUUAAUAGAGAUAAGUAUCUUCAGAAGAUAUAUUGGGCUUCUUGCUUAUUAGGAAAAUAAUUGUUCAAACAACUUUUCAGAAAAAUAAUAGAUUUGUACUCUGGACUUAAGUACUAGCCCAUACUAAACACAGAUAUAAAAAUAAUACCUAUGUUGAGAUGGUGAAAAAGGCUAAAUGGGGCAUUUUUUAUGCUGCCUAAAAUUAAAAUUAAAAUUAAAAUGAGUAAAAGAGAAUGUGAGAGUACCAGAUUUAAAGUAAGAAUUAGAGAUACAAUUAACAACAAUGAGAAACAUCUAUUAUGUGUGUUACUUGAAUUUUAAAAAGUAUAUUGCACAUAUAUAGAUAUGUUUUGAAACAUCAAAACAAUUGCAAGGAAUUCAUACUUUUAAGGUGAGUAUAUACGUAGGUCUGUGUCCACAGAAAGUAGAAGUAAAAUAUAUAACUCACUUUCUAGAUAUCUUAAAUAUGGUUUAUUUUAGCAUUUUGGAAAAUUUAUAACAAAAGCUGGGAACUUAAAUCUGUUAAGAAGCUCAAAAAUAUCCUAGCUCACAUAGUUGGGAUUGUUAGAAUAAUGCUUUGUGAAAACUGAAAACCCUUUUUUUACAGAAAUAAUCAACUAUUUAAUCUAUAAGGCUAAGCCAUAAUAUAAAAGUUAAAACCAAUCUAUAAAUCUAAACCAAGUUCAUUAUAAAAGCUGAGAAAAUUAAGAAAUUUAAAAAGAAGUAAAAUUUGCCUAUAAAGUUUUUCUUUCAUUUUUUUGGUUAUCCAUAUUUGUAUUUUACUAAAUAGUUAUGUGCAUGUUGCUUAAAGUCUUGUGUUUCUGACAUUUAAAAUUUAUUGAACUUUCUUCCUUGUUAAGAGAGGACAUUAUUGUUUUGGGGGUAGAGAGUGAGUGGCCAGGAGGGAGGGGGCCAGAAUGCUGAGUGUGAAUCUCUGCUCCCCGUUUAUCAUCUGUGUGUCUUUGGACACUAAAUUGAGCUAUUUGUUUUUCAGUUUGCUCAUCUUAAAAGUGGUCGUAAUAGUAUGACUCUUGAUGAUAUCAUGAUGUUUUUAGAAUGACUGAGUAAGAUAAGUGAAUGUCAAGUGCAUAGACCAGAGCCUGGAGAAUAGUGCUUAGAACAUGCUGGCUAUUAUGUGAAUAAAUAGUAAAUAGUCUUUAAAAACUUUUAAUU